UCCCCUAAAAUAGAAAUAGAAUCGAUACAAUCGAUAUUUGGAUGUCUUUCAAAAUUUCUCGAACAAAAUUUAAAAUUCAUUGAAAUGCCUAAUUUAAGUGGUUCCCUCAAGCCGUCGAGGCGUAGUGAGGCAACUACUUCAGCAUCUGCUGCUCCUCCUGCUGCUGCUACCAGUAAAUUGCUGCCAACAGCAGCAAUAUAUCACCUCAGACGCACGAACGCAUCGGCUGGAGGAACUGCUGAUCCUGUCUCGGCCGGCGCAUUAUUUGGUGGCCUCAGUUCACCUUCGCUAAUGAAGCCGCCACCAUGCAGCCGUAAUAAUUUAUCAAAGGCAGGCGUGGCAUCAACAGCAGCAGCAACACGCAAGCUAAGAGUCACCAUCGUCAACGCCUCUAGCUCUCGAUCCUGCUCUGGUGUCAAGUCGUCCAAGUCGGUGCGUCUCCCGCCGUCAUCAUCAAGCAUAGCACAAGCUCAAAUCAAAAAGAGUUCGCUGGCGCGCAAAAGCGCAGCAAGCAGUCGAAUAGCAGCAGCUGACGUUGUUAGUGGUGGUUCGCGUAAGGUUAAAUUCUCGACUAAUGUGCACACGUUUCCGUCCAGCACCAGCGACCGGAAGGAUCUGCGCAUUGGCGAGCUGCAGCUGAAAAAGCAGAUCAAGAAACUUAGGCAUAACAACAACAACAAGGCCCAACAGCGAUCGCCGUCGUCCGGCGGCCAGAAUUGUGCUGCAUCUCUUGCCAACAAACUCGCUCUGUCCUUUUCCACACAUCCACCCUCAGUCUCAGUUCUCGGCCGGGACAUUCAGCAGCACGGCGCCAUCGUAGACGUGGAACCCGUCAAAGCGCCAAAACGCAGCGGCCGCAAGGCGCUGCCAAUUUGCGGAGCACCAAAAAGAAAAGCGCCAAUUGCUGCAGUAGCUGCUGCUACUGGCACUCGUGGCAACGUGCGCCAGUCCAACAAGCGGCCUAAGAAAUCCCGUAUUCAAGCUGGUGGCGCUGCGGCGGUGGGAACUGCAAGCUGCAGCAGACCUGCACCGCGACUGGCCUACUCCGUACAGCAGCAGAAAGUAGUAAAAGGCGGCAAGACGACGACGUUCCCGUUCACCAUUAGCAGCAGCUGCAGCCGAGCCGAGAAAACCAAUAAGCUGCGUCAGAGCCGCACAGCCACAAUGGACCAACAUCAGCCCAACGGCGAUGAAUCUGAUCAGUCGAGGCGGAAGCCGACCGAUUCCCAGCACAGCAAACGCAAGGAUGAAAGUACAACGACCAACAGCGGCGGUGAGCUGGUCCAGCAGAAUAAAUCGAAAUCUUUGGAGCCGUCAACAAAACUCAGUAAUAAUGAUGAUGCCACCAUCCUUGCCAAGAAGCGGAAAAUCACUGAGGAAGCCGCCACCGUCUCAGCCAAAACCAAUAGCGAAGCCAUAAUAUCGGCGUCCGGUCCAAAUACUUCCAAUACACAAGCAGCUGCUUCUGCUGCCAGCGAGCAGGAUGACAAGGACAAGGAGGAUGAUAAGGACGCCAAAAAGAAGAAGAAUCGAUGUGGUGAAUGCCGCAAGAAAGUUGGCCUCACUGGCUUUCAGUGUCGCUGCGGCGGUUUGUACUGUGCCGUGCAUCGUUAUUCCGAUAAACAUAACUGCACAUUCGACUACAGAGAGCAUGGCGCACAGGAGAUUCGGCGCAAUAAUCCGGUUGUGGUUGGUGAAAAAAUUCAAAAGAUUUGAAUUUGCCCGCGAGAUUGUGCCAGUAACAGUAGCCGUAGGAAUAAUAACAACUACACAUUAUAAUAUAGUAUAUAAUAAACACAACACACACACCAAACACACACAUAACACACACACACACAUACACGCUACGCACCAACAAAUCAAUAUAUAACAAAAAGCUCUAAAACAGAAAGAAACAACAAGAAUACACACACCACUCACACAGAACACAAACACACAGAUGCAUAUAUAAGUAUAUAUAUAUAUAUAUCGACGCAUAUAAAUUCAUAUAUGUGUGUAUAUAUAAAUAUAUGUAUAUUAUAUAUAAAUACUAUAAAUAAUUGUAAUUGUAAUUUAACAAUAAUGUAAACAAUAACAAGCAACAAUAGUACAGAAACGUUAACCAAAUACCACGCAACGCAAACAACAAACAACAAUAAUAACAACAACUGCAACAGCAACAGGAACUGUGCAAAACCAGCUCUCGGAAUAAUAACAACAACAAUACUACAAUCAACAACAACAAGCACGACGACGAAGUAGCGCAAGCAACAACAACAGCAGCAGCAGCAACUACAACACACAACAUAUAACACACAAAAUCAAAAUCAACAUCAUCAUUGUCAUCGUCAUCAUGUCAAACUUGAACCAGACGCGUAUCAGCGCGUUAGCAAGUAACAUUAAUAACUACAAAUCUUCCUCUUCUCGCUGCUGUGAAGAAAAAAAAAAAAACAAAAAAAGAUCUUCGACUUUAUCUAGUUGUUAUUCCAAAAUGCAAGUUGCAUACUUGUUUGUAUUCGAGAACCUUCGUACACAAACCCAAUUGUAAGAACAACUCCUAAAAAAAAUGAAUAAAAAAACACACUAGAGAACAUUGUUAUCAAAAGUA